GCGUCAGUGGCUCGUUCAAACUGGGAGCGCUGAAAACUUGCGAUUAUGGCACAGGCUCAAGGCUUUGGGAGGAGAUACAUUAAAGCCUUUUUUAAAGGCUUCUUUGUUGCUGUUCCUGUGACAGUCACUUUUCUAGAUAGAGUGGCCUGUGUAGCAAGAGUGGAAGGAGCAUCAAUGCAGCCUUCCUUGAAUCCAGGGGAAAGACAGGUGUCUGAUGUAGUGCUUUUAAACCAUUGGAGUAUUAGGAAUUAUGAAGUGCAACGUGGAGACAUUGUGUCAUUAGUGUCUCCUAAAAACCCUGAACAGAAGAUCAUUAAACGAGUGAUUGCUCUUGAAGGAGACAUUGUCAAAACCAUAGGGUACAAAAACAAGUAUGUGAAAGUUACGCAUGGCCAUAUAUGGGUGGAAGGUGAUCACCACGGACACAGCUUUGACAGUAAUGCUUUUGGCCCGGUUUCUCUUGGACUUUUACAUGCUCGUGCUACCCAUAUCCUGUGGCCUCCAAGGCGCUGGCAGAAGUUACAACCUAUGCUGCCUCCAGAACGUACACCACUUCACAGUGAUCAAGAAUGA